UUGUGAAACAUAAGUUAAUUACUUGACAAUAGAUAGAAAUUGAAUAUAAAAUGUGAUAUUUCAUGUUAAAUACACAUAUUUUUCAUGGCAGGGAGAUAUAAGAUUAUCAAAGUCUGCUCUUGAGUGUGACUAUGGUAGAAAAGAAAUGAUAUGUGGAUUAAAACACCAUCUGUGAAGAAAUAAAAAAAAAACAUUAGCAAGAUAUUUGACUUAUUGUAAAAAGAAAGAAUGGAUUUUAUGUCAAAGAUUGCCAUAUUUAUGUUAAUGUUGGAGUCAACUUGUUCCAUUGAUAUAGUUGACGAUUACAAGUUAAACUUGACAAGUAGUGGGCCGGCAGUGCGGGGCUCGUUUAUUGAUUUCCAAGCACAGCUAUAUCUGGGUGCCAGUAAAACACCAACAAAAGACGAGGAAUUGUUCAGAUACGACUGGAGAGACUCAGUUUAUCUUUUAACUGAGAGCCAACAUGCCAACUUCAACACAAGUUAUAAACCAUGUUUUGAUUCGUUGGUGGAGCCACGGACAUAUUCAAUGAGAGUGUCAGUUUAUGAUGCCAAAAAGAAGUCCAUUUUUGUACCAGUUACUAGAAAGGACAUAGACUUCACAAUAACAUCAACAUUAAACGGGAAUUUAAAGCAUAAUCAGACAGUACAUCGAGGUCUACGUGCAUCGAACAACACAUUUUCCACUGGCAAACCGGUGCAUUUCACGGCAAAUCUCACGGACAUUUUCAUAUUACCGCCUACGUUUACGUACAAAUGGUUAAAAGAUGGUGAAGAAUACGCAGCCAGUAAUGUUAACAAUAUAAGUUUAACGUUUGAAAAAACUGGAAAACACGUCGUCAGACUUGAUGUAGUUUCUACCGGAAUUCCGGUUGACUGUAGAGGUGAUGAGUAUUUAGAUAGUUUGAAGGGCUCGUUUAAGACGGAGAUUAUUUUAAAAGGUAUAUUUAUUCAUUAACGUAGUAUUUAAAAG